AUGAGCAUCCUGACCCUCCAUCAUCCAAGAAUCGAGGGCGACGAGCCUGGCGAAUCCAGCGCAGAAGUAGACGUUGUUGCGGUCCACGGCCUCUACGAAUCAGCAUACGAUACCUGGACCGAGCAAGCCAACGGACAGCUAUGGCUUCGGGACAUGUUGCCAUAUAGCGUGCAAAACACUAGAGUCUUAGCCUACAGUUAUCCCUCGCAGAAGUUGAUUUCACCAGAGGAACCCGGAUCUUUGAAAUUCUUGUCAUGCGCAACAAACCUCAUCGCAGAGCUCUAUGCCGAUCGAUGGUACGAUAAAGGGACAGAACGACCCAUCAUAUUCGUAUGCCACGGCUUCGGUGGACUGUUAGUCAAACGGGCGUUGAUUCAUUCCGCGAACAUUUCUUCCAGGGAGACAGAGCAUUUGAGAUCGAUUUACCUUUCAACUCAUGCCAUUUUGUUCUUUGGCACUCCUCACCAGGGGCUCGACGAAUCGUUCUUACAAUACUUCCAACGCACCUCUCCGAGAUCAAACCUAUUCUUCUUGAAUAGCCUCCGGAAAGACUCCUCCUUCCUGGCCGAUCUCGCUGAUCAGUUCGCACCACUGAGAAAGAGAUUUAGGAUCUACCAUUUUUACGAACAGAACCCAUCCGUCGUGGGUGACAAAGAAACCUUUAUUGUCAGCGAAAAUUCAGCUGCUCCUGGCUGGGAUGAUGCCUGUCGAUGUGGGAUUUCUGCUACUCAUUCGCGCAUGGUCAAAUUCAUAGGCUGGAACAGUCCAGGCUGUAGAACCACACUUUCAACUCUCAUGCAAUGUCGGUCAGAGGCCCCAUCAUGUAUCCAUAGCAGGUGGCACAGCGAGCACGAGCAGCGGCGGGCUGAAAGUGAGAAGCAGGCCUCAAGAGAGUUUGACGAUUCGAGAGAUGAACCCUCCCCAACGUUAAGCGCUUGCGGCUCCACCAAGCAUCGACAGUAUCAUGUUCCCCAUUCAUCUAGCAGCCACUUUGUUGGCAGGAGGGGGCAGUCAAAGGAGGCAAGGCAACGCUUAAGCCCUGUCGAAGGCGCUCCAACGUGGCGUAAACCGAAGAUUUUGGUCGUCUGCGGUCUUGGUGGUUCUGGAAAGACUCAAUUUGCCCUCAGAUUUGCUGAGGAGACUCGGAGUCAAUACUGGGGAACCUUCUGGGUGGAUGCCACAAGUCCCGAGACUUUGGAGAAUGGGUUUUCCUCUCUCGGCAUGACUGCAGGAAAAGGGCUAUCAUCAUCCAGUGCCAUUCACUGGUUGUCGACCUGCUUGCGGCCUUGGCUGCUCAUCUUGGACAACGCCGACGAUCCGGACGUAGAGCUAUGGCACUACUUUCCCGCAGGCGGAAAUGGACACAUCAUGAUCACCACGCGGAACCCGGGAGCCAAUAUUUACUCCACCGAGGGUCGCAUCAAGUUGGGCAGGAUGGAUCCAGAGGAAGCAACGGUGCUAUUGCUGCAAUCUGCGUAUCCGGCGCCUGAUGUCCGAAGUCAAGAUCCUACGAAUAGGUGUUUGGCGGCUGCUAUCGCAAAACGACUUGGCUAUCUGGCCAUAGCUCUGAUCCAUGCUGGCGCCACUAUUCGAAGGAACAUAUAUACUUUCGAGACCUAUCUCCAUUAUUACCUUGACCAUCGUCGGGUGCUCUUGAGUGCUCAGAACGUGCACAGUGCUUCAUAUUCCGACACGAUAACUACAUGGGAAAUCCCGUUUCAGAGAAUUGCCAAAAGAAACUCUAUCGAGCACAAAGACGCUGUGGACUUGAUGCACCUAUUUGCCUUUCUGCAUUUUGAGUCUAUCCCAGAGCAGAUGUUUCGGCGUUCAUGGCACAAUCUGUCGAGUGCUAUCACAACGUCCAACGGUUGUCCUCAGUUCCUACGUGCGAACGUAGUGGGUGAUGCAGAGGCUCGAGUCAGAUUUCGCCGCGGCGUGCGAGUCUUGUACGAUCAUUCGCUCAUCGACCACGAUCCAGACAAGGAAAUAUGCUCCGUUCACCCUGUUGUCCAUCGUUGGGCUCAAGAAAGACUGCCCCGUUCAGCGCAACUAGAGUGGUUGAAUCACACCAUCACUGUCCUAGCAUCUUGCAUUCCUCGGCACCUUGAGGCCUCGGGACGUCGGUUCCGCCAGGCUCUUCUUCCUCAUAUCGAUGCCUGUCUGCGUGAGCUCAAAAACAGAUUGGGCUUACUCCCUGACACGAUUUCGAGAGCUACUGAAAUCGAAAGGUUCGCUUCUGUGUACGCCGAAAACGGGAGAUGGAAGCAGGCCAGAAAUUGGCAGGAAAGCAUUUUCGCUUUCAGGAGGCAAAAACUGGGUCGAUGGGACGAAGACACUUUUCGUGUGCAAAAGAGCCUUGCUGAAACCAAGUGGAACUUGUUCGAGAUCAAGGAUGCAAUCCUGAUACAGAGAGAGAUAUUGACGUCGAGAUGGCUGCUCAGGCCAUCCUUGAUUUAUUGGAUAUCAUGGCCACCCUGGAAGCCUGACCAUCUCGAAUACUGCCUUGCCUUGAACGACCUGACGGAAACUUUGUGGCUUGCUGGACAGCGAGAGUGGUCAAAAUAUGUUGGCGAGCGCGCGGUGCGCGGCCUCACAAAACGGUUAGGCACUGAAGAUCCUCAGACCUUGAAAGCGCUAUUUAACCUUGCCCGGACUUAUCUGCAUCUUGGAGACCAACAACUGAGUCAGAGGCUCCUUGUUAAGGUCCUUGUCAAGCGAAAAAGGUUGUUUGGCAUGGACCAUCCUGACACGCUCAUGACGCGCAACGAACUGGGGAUGAGCCUCUGCGCAAGGACGGCUCAAGACGAACAAUCACGCCAUCGACAACUCGCAAUUGCGGAAAGGUUGGUCACCAACGUUCUCGCUACCCGAAGGCGCAUUUUUGGAGAGGAGCACGCAUAUACCCUGUGGUCGGUGAAUGAUCUCUCCAAGGUGUUCUGCGAGAGACAGCGCGGUGCGGAAGCGGCAGGACUGCUGGAGGCCAUUCUUGAGGUUGUCAGUCGCACUCUGGGCGAUACCCAUCGCUGGAAAGAGGCCGAAUCCCUACUGAAAAGCUUGCUGAAGGUGAUUCCCCUGGACCACCCGGACUCGGUCAACGUGCGCUCUGGACUCGUACAUGUCCAAAUCCGGAGGCGUAACUUGGCCGAGGCAGAAGCAGGAUGCCUCGAGCUGUUCGACAUGAUGAAAGACAAACGUUUCAAAGAGAUCCUAGCGCCAGGCAACCCCCGCGCGUUGAAAAUCUACGAACAAAUGCUUCAGAUCUAUCGCCUACAAAACCGCCCCGCUGAGCUGCAAGCGUUGAGUGUUAAGGUGCCGGCCGCCAAAGUCUCGUCGCCACGGGCACGAUUUGAUAUGCUGCCGAUCCAGAAGAUCCUGCGGAGAGAAAGUGAGCUCGAUCGGCUUUACUGA